GCAGAGGCGUAAACCUCACUCGCUGGUUGAGCUGGUUUCUGUGAGAGGAGGGCUGAAGGAGAUCAUUUUGUGGUUAGCUGCGUGUUAAUAUUAUGCGAAAGAUGCUGACCAUUAUUUCUAACGUUCUGAGGGGCAGCGCCAGCAGGAACUCCUCCACUCUCCGGGCCGUUCUGCAGCUCCUGGCGGUCCAGGGCGAAUAUGCUAAUUUGACCGCUCCACAUGAUCCUGACCCCCCUUCACUCUUAAAAGAUCCACAACCCUGCAGCCCUUCAGUUUCUCCCCCAUUAACACAGAUACCUCUAAACACUUCUGUAGAAUACAAAGCUUUAGGACACACCAUCAGUGACCAGUCUUCAGGAGACACUGGAUCAUGUGAUAGACUAAUGGCAGAUGUCUUACCCACAGAGGCUAUAGCUCAGAAAGAAUGUUAUGCAAAUCCGGUGAUGACCAGUGAUUCAUCCACCUCAGAAGAAUUAAUCUUGGGUCUGUCUGUUACAGAAAGUAAAUCAGAAAGGGAAACACCUAUUAUUUCAAUUAUAGAUGUUCCUCCAUCACCUGCCCUAUUUACAGCUCAGUUGCCUAUUAACCCAGUCCCUCAUCCAGCACAGUUAACCCCUGCAGUAGCUAACAGCAGUUCCGACGUAACCAGCUCAGACCCCCCCGUGCCCACUUGUCCCCCACCAGCCGGGAGCCUGGGCCCUGAUAAUUCCUUCCCAGAGAUCACCCACAGCCUGGCUGAAGAGACUGCCUUACCAGAGCCACAGCUUGCUGGUGCAAGAGUGGUGGUAUCUGCCAGGACCUAUGCUGACUUUACCCCUCAGGCCACCUUUGAUAUUAAGAAAUGUGACUUGCACAAGCUGGAGGAGGGCCCACCACUGCAGGCUGUGCUUACAAGAGAGGAGGGGCUUCAGUACUACCGCACAAUGCAGACAAUGAGACGCAUGGAGCUCAAAGCUGAUCAGCUCUACAAGCAGAAGAUUAUCAGGGGCUUUUGUCACCUUUAUGAUGGACAGGAAGCGUGUGCAGUGGGUAUUGAAGGAGGUAUUAAUCUAUCAGAUCAUCUUAUCACAGCCUACCGUGCCCACGGGUACACUUUCACUAGAGGCGGCACCGUUCGUGAGAUCAUGGCUGAGCUCACUGGUCGUCGAGGAGGUAUUGCCAAAGGAAAGGGAGGGUCUAUGCACAUGUACACUAAACAUUUUUAUGGAGGAAAUGGAAUUGUGGGAGCUCAGGUGCCUCUUGGGGCAGGUGUAGCGUUGGCCUGCAAAUACCAGGGCAAGAAUGAGCUGUGUGUCUGUCUCUAUGGUGAUGGUGCUGCAAAUCAGGGUCAGAUCUUUGAGACGUAUAAUAUGGCAUCUCUGUGGAAGCUUCCCUGCAUUUUCAUUUGCGAGAAUAACAAAUACGGCAUGGGUACGUCUGUGGAGAGGGCGGCUGCUAGCACCGAUUACUACAAGAGAGGGGAUUUCAUCCCUGGUUUGAGGGUGGAUGGCAUGGAUGUCCUUUGUGUGAGGGAGGCCACCAAAUUUGCUGCUGACCACUGCAGAUCGGGAAAGGGUCCAAUUCUGAUGGAGCUGCAGACCUAUCGUUACCAUGGACACAGUAUGAGUGACCCAGGAGUCAGUUACCGAACACGCGAGGAGAUCCAGGAGGUGCGCAGUAAGAGCGACCCCAUCUCACUGCUGAAGGAUCGGAUGCUGAGCAACAACAUGGCCAGUGUGGAAGAGCUUAAGGAAAUUGAUGUUGAGGUAAGGAAGGAGAUUGAGGAUGCUGCUCAGUUUGCCACCACAGACCCUGAGCCUCCACUGGACGAUCUUUGCAACCACAUCUUCUACAAUGAUCCUCCUUUGGAAGUGCGUGGCACCAACCCCUGGACCAAACUCAAGUCUGUCAGCUAAAUCGCCUUCCUUUCAUCCAAAGUCCCCUCCUCCUCCUACCAGUUGACCCUCUCCUGAUGAAGCGCACAGCAAAAUAUUGUCACCUCCAGUGUGGCUAUAGGUUUCAUAGACAGUUGUUGGGAAACUCAGCCAAAUCUCUCAGCCACAUUGAGACAAGUUGCCUCAUUUUACAUUUUAUCAUUUCCUUGUUUUCUUCUUGUCUCCAUCACUUACAAUACUGACCUUCACUUUAAAUUUUAAAAGGUUUCAGUAUUAAACAAAAAUGUUAUAUUGUUCAUCGCACAUAGCAUCUCAGAAAUAGCAUGUAAUAUGUGAAUAAACUGCGGUAUUUGGCUUGUAAUUAUUGGUACUUUCCAAAUGUCUCCAGUACAACUGUUGCUUAUACCCAAUGUGCACGCAGUGGCGGGACACUUACCUAGUGUCCGUGCAUCACAAAGACCUCCCAUCGUUGCUCUGUGCAGUCAUUACAGACAUACACACACAUACACACUUUAUAUAUCUGCAGAACAUGUUUUAGCCGAGGUGUCAGUGAAAUGCAACAUUCUUGCAGUCCUAACUUGACAAACUAUUUAAAGGGAAAAGGGAAUGUAUUAACAUUGAUAAAAUGUAAAAAUCUGUUAGAAGGCCAUACUACAAAAAUAUUUGUAUAUAAAUUUGUUCAAGAGGUGUUAAAUGGGACGUUUCCUUUCUUUCAUAUUGGUUUGAAAGUGUUUAAACAAAAAAAUGUGGCUUUAAAAUAGGAAAAGAUUAUUAGAUUCUUACCUUUCCUUUUACUCUUUUGAACUUUUAUUUAAAACGGGUUUUGUUUUCACGUAUUUAUUAUGAAAAAAUUGCUUUUGUUACAAACAGCGUUACUGGGGGUAUAACUUCAAAUUUGGUGAUUCCAGUUUAAUAAUGGUUGUUUUAAUAGAACGUUAAUUUAAAAUCACCCAGAGUCUGGAAAGUAAUAAUUGUUGCAAUAGAUGUUAGGAUGCUGUUAAGAUAUUGAAGGAGGCAUCAGGGUCACAGGUUAAACCAUUAUGAUGUGUUGGGAUGAGGAUGAGGAGUCUAAAACAUCUGGCAAGGAAUCCAAUGUGGUUUUUAUACCAUACAGCUACAAAUAAAUAUUUCAAAUACUA